AUGUUGAAUUUUGAGGAUAUGCAGUUGAAUUUUCUUGAUCUUUUAGCCUAUCGAAAGCUAGCCAGGAGUUACCAUCCGGAUGUGAACAAAGAAGUUAGUGCAGAGGAAAAGUUCAAGGAGAUAAGUAAUGCAUACGAGGUUUUAUCAGAUGAUGAGAAACGCUCGAUUUAUGAUACAUAUGGGGAAGCAGGUCUCAAAGGAGCAGGCAUGGGCAUGGGGGACUUUAGCAAGCCAUUCGACCUUUUCGAGACCCUCUUCGAGGGCAUGGGCGGCGGUGGCAUGGGCAGCGGCGGCCGUGGCCGCCGCAGCCGAGCGGUCGAGGGCGAGGACCAAGUCUACACCCUCGUCCUCGACUUCAAGGACGCCGUUUUCGGCAUCGAAAAAGAGAUCGAAAUCUCCCGACUCGACUCCUGCCCGACCUGCAAUGGAUCCGGCGCCAAACCGGGCACAAAACCCUCCAGUUGCUCUGCCUGCGGCGGCCAGGGCCAAGUCGUGUCCUCCGCCCGUACCCCACUCGGCGUCUUCCAGCAAGUCACCACCUGUCCCACUUGCUCCGGCUCCGGCGAGACCUCCAUCCCGGGGGAGCAGUUGGAGGAGGAGAAUUGUGGCGGAUUGUAG